AUGCGGAUUGAAAAAUGUUAUUUCUGUUCGGGCCCUAUCUACCCAGGCCACGGCAUGAUGUUCGUUCGUAACGAUUGCAAGGUGUUCAGAUUCUGUAAAUCCAAGUGCCAUAAAAACUUCAAAAAGAAGCGCAAUCCUCGCAAGGUCAGAUGGACUAAAGUGUUCCGGAAAGCAGCUGGUAAAGAGCUCACGGUGGAUAAUUCAUUUGAAUUUGAAAAACGUAGAAAUGAACCUGUCAAAUACCAGCGAGAACUGUGGAAUAAAACCAUUGAUGCAAUGAAGAGAGUUGAAGAGAUCAAACAGAAGCGACAAGCUAAAUUUAUAAUGAACAGGUUGAAGAAAAAUAAAGAACUACAGAAAGUUCAGGACGUUAAAGAGGUCAAGCAAAACAUCCAUCUUAUCUGGGCCCCUCUUGCAGGCAAAGGAAAGCAGCUGGAAGACAAAAUGGUACAGAAAUUACAAGAGGAUGUGGACAUGGAGGAUGUUUCUUAA